GGUCCCAAUUUUCAAUUCACAAAUAAAAUUCAAAUCCCGUACAAUGUGAUGAAGAUUCAUUCAGCCUCACAGUCUCUCACAUUUUAUUUUCUACAUCUUUAGCUUUUCUUUUGAUGGGAAAAGACAAUAUCAUCGCCGAGUAUGAUGAAGAUUGCAUUCCAGACCAAAGUACCAAGACGUGCACCAUUCUUCCUCGACACCUUGUAUUUGCAUAGCCAAUCCUUCUUCAACACAUAUCAUCAUAUCAAUCGAUAUCUUACGCCUGACGCCUGACGCCUUACGAGAUAUCAUAAUCAAUAUCAAUAUCGGUCUCCCUGGAAUUUCCUUCAUCGUUCAAGCAUCGCAUCGUUCAAGCAUCAUUCACACAUAAUACCAACUAAGUCGAUAAGACAGACAAGAGUCAUAGCCACCCAGUGAUCCUGUCUCUUUUUCCCCUCCGAGACCCCUCGAAUCGGGUGCCCAAUUAUUCAGAAAAUCUCACUGCAUGCAUGCAUCAGCCCGAGCCCGAACCCGAACUCUGCCUGACCAUCUGAUCAACGUCCGCGAAUUUGUUCGAAUUCUCGAUCAAACCAUUAUUUGCCCAAAAGAAGACCAAUUGGAAAGAUACCGCCUCUUCAAAAUCUUGGAGGGGAUCCGCAAGUCCGAUGACUCGAUUCUCUCCUCUCGUUCUCCGCAGAUAUCUCCUUGGGGGCCGAAUCAAUUCGACGGGUUGUCUUCGUCGUCAAGUUAUUGGUGGGAAGCAUCUGCCAUCCAUUUACGCCGCAAGAUCUCGGACAAUACAAGAACUACACACCAAUACGGAAUCGGCGCCUUCCUCUACGAAUCAUAGCAUUCAAAAUUCCUUCAAAGCAGCGCGGAAACAGCCAAAAGAUGAAGGAGUAGGAAGAAAUGCCAAUCCGGAAAAGCUACAAAGUCUUGAUGAGUGGGAGUUGACAGUGGGAAUCGAAAUACACGCACAAUUAAAUACUGAACGAAAACUCUUCUCAUACGCUGCCUCGUCCUUUAACGAUCCGCCCAAUACACAUGUCGCAUAUUUCGAUGUAGCCUUACCAGGCUCUAUGCCCAUAUUUCAAAGAGAAACUCUCAUACCUGCGAUUCGAGGCGCAUUGGCUCUGAAUUGUAAUAUUCAGAGAACGAGUCGAUUUGAUCGCAAACAUUAUUUUCAUUGGGAUCAACCUGCGGGGUAUCAAAUUACACAAUACUACGAACCGUUUGCCAAAGAUGGAUACAUUACAUUAUAUGCGCACGAUGGAAUUGCAAAGGAAGAUGGAGAUGAAAUACGGAUAGGAAUUAAACAAGUACAGAUGGAACAAGAUACGGCAAAAACAAUCUCGCAACCUGGAGAUAUACACUUGUUGGAUUUCAAUCGUGUGGGUUUACCAUUGAUUGAAAUUAUUUCCUUGCCACAGAUACAUCAUCCCAGUACAGCGGCGGCAUUUGUCCGAAAGGUACAGAUGUUGUUAAGCUCAGUUGAUGCUUGUGUUUUAGGUAUGCAAUCUGGUGGAUUGAGAGCAGACGUUAAUGUUUCUGUAAAGAGAAGAACUGAAGAAGGUUCCGGCUUUGAGUAUGCUGGUGUUCAGGGACUAGGGCAAAGAACAGAAAUCAAAAAUUUGAGUAGUUUCAAAUCUAUUGAAGAUGCUAUCAUUGCCGAACGUGAUAGACAAAUUUCGGUUCUGGAAGAAGGUGGGGUUAUUGAAGGAGAAACUCGAGGAUACGCCAUUGGAAGUACAGAGACACGAAGACUUCGAGGGAAAGAAGGAGAGGUGGAUUAUAGAUACAUGCCAGACCCAGAUCUAGCCCCUGUGAUUAUCGAUCAAGAACUUACACAACAUCUUGGUACUACACUCGGCGUCUUACCCGAUGAAGAAUUGGCAAUACUAGAAUCUGAAUAUGGUGUCACGGUAAAAGAUGCUAUUGAUUUAGUGUCUCUGAAUGAAGGAGGACGAGUGGAAUAUUUUCGUAAUGUAGUGGAUGUUUUGACAUUAUUGAAUCCUCAUGAACCCCAAAUGAAACUGGGGAAAUGGGCAAGCAACUGGGUUUUACAUGAAUUAGGUGCUCUCAUUUCGGAUUAUGGAGAGGAAGAAAAUCCACUCAAAUUUACGAGUUAUGGAGAGUGUAUAAUUUCACAUUCUCAAAUGGGACAUCUGAUACAUUAUCUCAAUGAGGAAAGAAUUACGGGAAAGACGGCGAAGAAAGUUUUGAAAGUUCUGUUUGAGAAUGGACAAGUGGGAGGGGAAAAAUCGGUAGAGGAUAUUAUUGAGGGGGAACAAUUAUGGUUAAGGAAGAUGGAGAGAGAUGAAUAUGAAGAAUUGGCGAGGAGAAUUUGUGAGGAGGAAAAGAAAACUGUAGGGGAGAUAUUGGCAGGAAAGGAUGGAAAGAUUAAUUUUUUGUUGGGCAAGAUGAUGAGGGGGGAUAAGGAGGGGAGAGUACAACCGCUUGUUGCGAGGGAGGUGUUGAGGGAGGUUGUGGAGGGGUUUAGAGAUAUAUAGGGUAGGGUGGGAUUGAAUGAUGUAGAUGAUGUAGAUGAUAUAGUUGAUUUAAAUAAUACAUAUAUCACUUCAAACGAUGAACA